AAUUUUAAUAAUGGAUCUACUGAUGUCUUCUUUCCCAAAAUUAACAUUUCAUAUUAGUCUGUGAGAGAAACUAUCUCUAUCCAAACAGAUUUUCCUGAUGGAACAGAUGAGGAUGAAGCUCCUAUGAUAGCAGAUAUGUUUAAUAGCACAUCACCAGAUUCUGUAUCUUCUGUCUGUGAAUCUUCCUUAGAGUUGCUCCACCAAACUAACCCUUCUGACAAUUCUUUACCUGUCCAUUCUGGUUCUGAACAAUAUCUUUCUGAUCUCUCGUCAUUGAGUACUGAAGUAUCAAAUUUUCUCUUGUCUACCAACAAGACAAAUUCCUCAUUGAAUUCAUCCUUUUCCAAAGGAAAAAAUAACCCAUGUAUGACAGAUGAAUCCUAUUCUAUGAUGAUGCCGCCUUUGAAUUCGACAGAACUUGACGUGGAAUGGUCUGGUGCCGAACAGUCUUUGUUUCGAGUAUUGUGGAGAGUAUUUUACAACAAUUAUUGUGCUAUUUCUCAAAUAAUGAUGGGAAAAACUUGUAGCCAGUUUUUGAUUUUUAAAAAUCUUUAUUUUUCAGAUCAGUUUGAUGUUCAAAAUAUCUCUUGCAAAAAUGUUAGUGUGCAGAGGGGAUUACGAAAGCAUUUACUUUUAGCACCUUCAGAUGUAGCAGGUUGGGGAAUUUUUUUGAAAGAUACUGCUCAAAAAAAUGAAUUUAUUUCUGAAUAUUGUGGUGAAAUUAUUUCCCAAGACGAAGCCGAUCGUCGGGGGAAAGUUUACGAUAAGUAUAUGUGUAGUUUCCUAUUUAAUCUGAAUAAUGAUUUUGUAGUAGAUGCCACACGUAAAGGAAAUAAAAUUAGAUUUGCAAAUCAUUCCAUCAAUCCAAAUUGUUACGCCAAAGUUAUGAUGGUGAAUGGUGAUCAUCGAAUUGGUAUUUUUGCAAAGCGUGCAAUUCAGUCUGGAGAAGAACUCUUCUUUGAUUACAGAUAUGGACCUACAGAACAAUUGAAGUUUGUUGGUAUUGAAAGAGAAUUAGAAUUUCCUUAAUAAGUUUUAAAUGCAAUUCAUCAUCAUCCUCAUAAAUGGAAGGAGAGGAGUUGGCAUUUUCAGUUGUAUUUGCAUUUUUAUAAUUGAUUUUAUAAAAUGAUUCCUAAAAUAAAUAUCUUUUUAUACAUCAAUACACAAUAGAAAAUAAAUUUGUAUUAUGUAAUGUAGUACGAUGUAAAUAAUGACAAAUCUUCAUUAUAUGUCAUCUUAUAUAGUCAACAUUUUAGAUUUUAUUUAUAAAAUAUUUUAAGAAUUUAUUUUGAGAAAUAAUGAUUUUUUUCUUAUGUAAUCAAAAUGUCAUUGUUUAUGAUCCUCAAAAUAAGUCUUCUGUAUAUUGUUAAUUAUCCAUCCAUUUGUUGCAGAAAGCUUCAGAGUAACUGUAACCGUUGCUAUUUGUGUGCGAUGUCGGUCUGUUACUGUCGGUCUGUUACUGUCGUGUAGCAAGCGUUGUCAACCAUAAGUCGGCAGUAUCUCCCAAUUCUUGAAAUUGUCUGUGGUCUUGAAAUUAGUAUACAUUGUGUUCUGGAUAAAUUACUCCAUUUAGCUUGAUAUCAAACAUACCAAUUGUCUGAUCAUUUGUUAUCUUUGUGUUGGAUAAUAAACUUUGUGUUUGUUAGUAAAGGUUUGAUCAUAAAUACCUUUGGCUUUUUUAAAA